AAACUAGGAGCUCAUAUGUAAGCUGCGUAUGAUCUUUUGAUUUGAUUCUUCAUCUCAUGUUACUGUGAGAUUUUUAGAGUCUCUUAUUGUCUGAGUGAAGAACAAACCCUUUACAGUGAAAUGAAUCUUGAAUUGAUGAAAAAGAGAAUCUGAUGAAAGAGAGUAUAAGUGCUUUAGAAACAAGAAAUUAAAGAGAUUAGAGAGAUUGAGAGUACAAGAGAUUGAGAGAUUAAGUAACCAAGAUUAGAGUUUCAUAACCAAGAAUACUUUAAAUUAUGAAGGAGAAGGGAAACUCUCCCUAACUCACUUAAGUUAAAAUAUAUGUACAAUGAGAGCUUUUAUGGCCAAAUACAUAAGACAAUAAACAUUAAAGAAAUAUGAAGAGGACAAAUAGAUAAGGCUCCAACAGCUCUAAAGAGAUAAUGUUUCAAAAGGUCUAUUUUGAAUUUUGAACUUUGAACUUUUUGAAUGUAGUGAACAGUACUCGUGAAUCUCUACAACACCAAAGUGCUCAAUGCAGGUUUCUCAAAUCGCCCACUUUGAUACCGUAGGUGAUAUGUCUUUUUCCUCAAACGUUGUUCUUUUCCCUACAACAUCAAAGUGUUCAAUAUAGCUUUCUUGAAGUGCUCACUUUGAUGUUGUAGCUAAAUCUGCUUUCCAUUUCUCUUUUGUUGUCUUUGUCUUUGAUUUUUCCUUCUUCAUUUUUUUCAAGUUAACACUCUCCUUCAAAUUUGACCAUAUGAGAUCUUUGGGAAAGCUUGGAACCUUGAAAAACUCCCUCAUUAAAAACCUCAUCAAAGAAAACAAUUUGGAACAAAACUUUGAUGAGGAAAAAAGAGUAGAGAUUCAAAGACCUAUGGAUUGGCCAGUGGAUCUUUGUGUCUUAGUAUCAAUGUGAUGGAUACAAAGACCCUGGAUCAUGGCCUAUUAACGUGAUGCAAUGUUGAUUUUCACUAUAUUGCACAUCACCAACUCUUCUUGGAUCUCAUCUUGAAACCGGCUUGUGUCUUCCCUUCUCUCAUGGCUUCUUGCCAUCUCUAUCAGGUAAGACCACAUCCUAGCUCUUUCUCAUUGAGUCUCUAAGUAAGGUACCCUGAUACAUCAUUUUGCUGAGCUUUGGUUGAUUUUUUCUUUGAGUUGCCAACUUGAUAGAAGGUUGUGCGGAUAGUUUCUUCUUUCUUCAUCAACGCUACCCAAACCGGUUGGCUCUUCUUCUUGAAUCACCACUAAAGGCUCUUUCUUUUAUCACACAAGCCCAUUCACACUCCCCCUCAAGCUUGAGACCGCGUAUAUGGAAGUUCCACGAUUGAUGAUGAACGCUUGCUUGCUUCAUGCUUGGAUCAUAGCUGCUCGGUCAUCAACACUCCCCUUCAAGCUUGAGACUGAGUAUAGAGAAAGACCAAACUUGAUGGUGAGCACUUGGAAGCUUCUUGAUCCGGCUAGUGAGGAGUGUCAAUCUUCUUCAGUCUUGACACUUGAAUCUCCCACUUAAUACACCAAUGCACCAGCCUUCAAUCGACACCAACCCUAGUUGAAUAGACUUCUCAGCCACUUCUUCAAUCACCCAAUAUAAGAGGCAGUCUUGAUGAGUGGCCUUCUUCUUCAAACAACCGGCUGUGAAACGUCAUGAAUGGCUUGCAAUGGCACUGAGGAACUGGUCAUUGCGCAUCCAAGAGGUCUUGAUGGUAGCUCACUGAAUCCCCUCCUCAAGCUUGGAUGAUUAUGAGUCCGAGCUUUAUGUGAGCUUCAAUGAAUUUUGAAACCAGGAGCACAACAGCUUAAGAUUUGCGCUUAAGCCCCCGAUUCACCACCUUGCCUGUAGCUUCAAUGCCUUUACUUCAUUAGAAGCUUUCCAUUCUUCUUUCAGUGUGCUAACUUCCUUCCUACACUCAGGAAUAUACACAUCUUGUGUAGGCUCUGAAAUUUAGGCAAUGUGGAUACCAAAAUCCACGGGUAGCUGCCACCAACUUUUUUUCUCCUCAAUGUGUGUACUUUCCUCUCUAUGCUCAUGAAUAUACAUUUUUGUAUAGGUUCUGAUGCAUAGGCUGUGGGCAACUCAUCCACGAAGAUACACCAUUAACGAGAGCAACUCUCCAAGAUUCACGAAUAUACAUCUUGUGUAGACUCUGAACAACCUGGGAAAAAAUUUCCUCUUUGUCUUGGUUUAAUGAUGAAAAAUGAACAUCUCUUAUGAACCUGAAACAUCACUCAAACUCCAGCAAGGAUAAGACAUGAGCAUUGGGAUCAAUCAUUGACUAAUCAUCAAGUUCGAUCACCAAUGUCAUAAGCAUUGCAAUAGAUAGAAUCAAGUCAUGAUCAAGUUCUAAUCUCUGCAAGCAACUUUCACUGAACACUAAGCAUGAUCUUAUCAGGAUUCAAUACAAAGCAUUUAAGCAACCACACUGCCUUAACCACAUCUUAGACUUGAGUCUAAAUAUAUCAACCCCAAGGCAGCAACAAGAUGAAAAUAUGCAAUAACUUUAAUCAGUUUCUAAUUCAUGAAUACAACAUGAUUAGACAAAACAAUCUAUCAUCCUAACAACCAUUCAUUUAGAACUGAGGCUAAGCAAUAUAAUCAUCAAUCAACACCAGACAAUGUCAUACCUUAAUCAGAUUCGAUCAAUGAAAGCAAACAUGAUUUAAAUACAUCUAACAUCCUAACACAAUCAUUAUAGAACCGGGGAAAGCAUUUUAUUUUUCAGACAUCAAACAAGACUCUUUAAGCAUCCAGAAAUAGAACUAGACAAUAUAAUAUAGCAUUUUAUAUCACAGUACCCACAAAUUGAAUCACAGCACAACAACAAGAUACAAUCACAAGCUCAUAUCAAGAAGGUUUGGAUUAGCUUACAACCAAGGAUCCUAAGCUGGUUUCUUGAGCCUCCUUGGUAACAGGCCACGAAUCUAGUGGAUAAGAGAGCUGGAUCGUCACCCAACACUUUCUCCUUGUGUUCAUAUAACCUCCUCCCUGACACCACAACACAAAAGGUUCCACCUUUCUUCACAGCUCCAAGUCUCCAACUUCAGGAAUAAGAUGGAAGCUUUCUUCUUGAAGGGUUUCAUCUUGGAACAGAGUUGAGACACACCUUUAAUAGACUGGAUAGAAGAGGAGUGGCCAUGAGAAACCACCAUGGCUUCAGACAUCUUUUUCUUGAAGAGAUAGAACCAGCUGGACAUAUCUUCUAUGGCUUGGACUCGAGAUGAGCCUUGGCUUGUGAUGGAUUUGCGGAAGCUUCAACCAGGUUCAGAAGAACCUGGCUCUGAUACCAUGUGAGAUUUUUAGAGUCUCUUGUUGUGUGAAUGAAGAACAAACCCUUUAGGGUGAAAUGAGUAUUGAACUAAUGAAAGGGAGAAUCUGAUGAAAGAGAGUGUAAGUGAUUUAGAAACAAGAGAUUAAAGAGAUUAGAGAGAUUGAGAGUAUAAGAGAUUGAGAGAUUAAGUAACCAAGAUUAGAGUUUCAUAACCAAGAAUACUUUAGAUUAUGAAGGAGAAGGAAAACUUCCCCUAACUUACUUAAGUUAGAAUAUGUGUACAAAUAGGGCUUUUAUAGCCAAAUACAUAAGACAAUAAACAUUAAAGAAAUAGGAAGAGGAAAAAGAAGUAAGGCUCCAACAGCUCUAAAGAGAUAAGGUUCCAACAGCUCUAUUUUGAAUUCUGAACUUUGAACUUUUGGACUGUAGUGAACAGUGCUCGAAUGCAGGUUUCUCAAAUCGUCCACUUUAAUGUCGUAGAUGAUAUUUCUUUUUCCUCAAACACAAUUCUUUUCCCUACAACAUCAAAGUGUUCAAUAUAGCUUUCUUGAAGUGCUCACUUAGAUGUUGUAGGUAAAUCUGCUUUCCAUUUCUCUUUUGCUGUCUUUGUCUUUGAUUCUUCCUUCUUCAUUUUCUUCAAGUUAACAACUUUGACCAUUUUUCAUCUACUAAACUGACAAAAAUAUUCGACAACCAUUUUUAUUUCUCAUUUCCCAUCUUUAUAUAAUCGGCUGGUCCAUAUCUUAAAUCACACCAAGAGAACGAUGACGAAUUUUUAGAGCGGAGCCGCCGGGAAUUUGAGUUGGAAACGAGUUAAGUUCGUCCAAAAAAUGUGCCUGAAGUCAGUAUAUAUAUAUUAUAUCUAUAUGUUUGUAAUACAAUAAACUAUUCUAGCAAAAUGGAAGUGCACUUAUAGGUUAGCCCUAGGAUUUAGACACAAACCAAACAGAACCAAAAUUUUAAGUUUUCUGUUCAGAAACAAGUUGAUUUCAGUUCAGUUCCGUAAGGUUUCGAAAAAAUUGGCUCGGUUCGCAAGUAGGUUAAAUUCAGUUUUCCAAAAAAAUAUAAAAGUUUUAAACCAAAAAUAACCAAACUGAUCAAGCUAACCAAAACUAGCCGAAAACCUGAAACCACAUGCCUAUUAAGUUUGCCUCUUUAUUUCACAUUUUUAGUUUUUUAAAUGUUUAGACGGUGUAGUUUUUAUAUUUAUAGAUGACUAACUAUAUACGAGUUCAAAUCUAUAUAUGGACGAAUGUUACAUUGCAGGUUGAUAAGGGGAGAAUUAAUUUCACUUUUUCUGGUGGAGAUUUUUUGUUAUACCUGGUUUAUUUGUAGCAAAAGUUGCUAAUGCUCAAUGUUUAGCUAUGCCACAUCAACAAAUUAAUUCACACCAAUCACAUUAUUAUGUUAUGCCCUGAUAUCUAUUCUUCAACACGUGAAAAUUACUUCAGUUACAUCUUAGCUACUUUAAAAUAGUUUCCGUCUAAGCCCACAUCUUUAGCCCAAAUUUUUGGUGAUCCCUAUCAGUUUUGUCGCCAAUUGAUAAACUUCGUAUUCUUCCUUUUCCUUGGAGAAACCUAGCCGCUUUCACCUAUUUAGCUUAUCCUCUGUAAUGUUAAUUAACCAUAAUUGUGACCCAUAAAGCUCCAUUAUUUAGUGCAAUAACGAAAGGAUUCAACAGAAAAAUACAGCUGCAGGUCUCCAGUUUCUCUGUUUAUUGGCGACACCAUAUCGACAUCUCUAACGGUGGCUUCAAGACAGAUAGAAUUUUCACAGCCCACCAUAACUUCCAAAAGCCCCAUUAUUGUGCAGUUUAGGAGUGAUAACAUAUUGAACCCUCUUCAUCUUCUCCCUUAACCUAACUACAUAAACCGAGGGCUGACGAACUCCAUUCUGAGCACAGCUAUGAAAUAAAGAUCAACCAUUAAAAAUUCGUUUCGCAUGAUGUGUCAUGGUUAACUAACAAAGCUGUUCAACAGAUAACGGACGAUGAUGAUGAUUAUGAGGACAACGUUACUUAUGGGUUGAUGACGAAGAGGAAGAACAUCAAAGAAAGAAGAGCAUAAAGAAGGUACUAUGUGGUUAAACGGUUUACUCUCUGUUUAUAUUAUAAAACUAAAAUAUGACAUCUGAUUUUGUUAGUUUCUCUGUAUUUUGUUGCCAUCAUCAGCUAGGAUGGUGGGUUUACUUGGAUUUUUUUGUCUUUCAUGGUCUGAGUAUUUAUUUUUAAAUUGAUUUGACUAAGAUGAUUCAGAGCAAUGGAUUUUCCUUAAAGGAUUGUUUGUGCAUCUUACUUUCAAUUGUUUUCCCUUUUGAAAAUUUUGUAACCUUUUAGCAAUUUUUCUUUCCGCUGGAUUCGAGAAAUGAUUUGUGUAAGAUGAUUUACAUCAACGUGCUUUCGUUUCUACAUCUUGAUUUAAUUGUUAGUUUGUUUGUGCUAUGCUAAUUGGUUGAUUUCUCAAUAACAAGUUGCAGAUUUUGGCUGGACAACAACACUCAGAGUCUCAGAUGUCCUUGAGAAAUUGAGUCUGACAAAAACAUGAAUUGUGUUAAGGUUCUAAGGGAGAUCCAGGCGAGUCAAUCGUCCAGCUAUAUGAAUAUGGAUACAAUAUUUUAAUUUGUCAUAUUUGGUGGAGUAAAUAUUAUCUUAUUCCUUUCUUGUUUUGCAUUGCAGAACCAACAAGAUAAAGUUGAAGCAAAUGUUUUCGGGGAGAUGACAGCUCUCGGAGCUAAAGAGCGAAAAUUGUAUCAGAUUUUGUAUUCCAAGGUAUGAAAAUCACCUUUGAUUCUGAGAUUUCAUGAUGUACAUGUGCAAAAAGAAAAGAAAAAAACCUUAAAAGCUUCUAAAUAUUUUGUUAACCGUGGAUGACUGCAAGAAGACUGAUCAUGUUCUGAAAUGCCAAAACAAGUUACCAAAGGUGUACAACUUUGUAAUAUAUCUUUCGUCCAACAAGAAAAUGUGAAAAAACCAAUGCAAAACAGAGAUUGUUUUAAGUUUAUAAUCCAGAAAGUUUACUCUUUGGUUUUAAAUCUAACAUGAUAGAGCCAUACUACCAAGAACUGCCGAAUUCAAAGAUACAAAAAAUAGAAGAAAACAGUCUCCAAGUUAAAAAAGAAAAAAGUUCUAGCAGGAGAAUCAUUGGGAAGUCAGUUCCCAGUUUACACAAUACCACCAACAAUGUUCUUCGGAUUCGCUAUUGGUCCAGGAGCUCAGUUCGAUCAGAAUCAGGACCUUCAAAAAAUUUGGAUCACGUUUGCUCAAGUUCUAGAAAGCGGUAAAGGCGGAGCUAUUUUGGCUCUUCUGAAAGUUUCUCCUGUUUCAGCACACAUUGUUGUGUUUGGACCAGGGAAUACGGUGGUGUUAGCAUGUGGAACAAGUCCUUUUCCAAGUAAUUGAGGUUUGUUAUAAUUGCUGGAGAACUUAUUGGUGAACAAGUACUUCAGUAGAGUCCAUUCUUGAUGAAUACUCAAGCCGAGAUUGAUAUGACCAUUGAAGAUUAUCACUAUAGAAAUUAUGGCUUCGAAAUGGCCAAGUAAAUGAUCGAAGACUAACAACAAUCACUAUUUUAUAAAAGAAACUGUAUUUUUGCACUCUGACAUAUGUCACAUAAAAUAAACUGAUCAGUUCGUCAAUAUAAUUUGCAUACAUAUUAAUAUCUCAUGUAAACAUAUCACAUGUCACUUAAACAAUCAUCUUGAAAGAAACUGAAAGGCUUGAUAUGACUCUCUUAAACGUCUUUAACACUUUUAAGUUUCCCUAAUUGGUGAAUCCAGAAAAUUAGUUCGUCGUGCAUCCUUUCCUGAUUCUCAAAGUGUAUCAGUUUUCAAAAUAGUCAACUGCAAAUAUUUUUGCUAUUGUAUAAAUGCAUAGGCGUGUAUGUUCAAAAUUUUAAGGUAAUUAGAAAAAUAGAAGUACAAGAAUGGGAGAUACAAUUUCUUUUAACGAAAACCGAUGAUAUAAUUUAAUUUUACGGAUCAAUUUAUUAAAGAAAAGUCUGUUUUGGGACACUCAAACACAUUAUGUAUAUGCUGAGAAAAGUUAAUAAUAAGUGAUACUGUGAAAUAAAUAAACACUAGACCCUGAUCCGCGCGCCAGCGCGGAUAUGAAUUUUCGGUUUUUGGUUAUUUAUUUAACUAAAUGAUGUUUUCGGUUUUUGGCAUCUUAAACCAUUUAUUUAUGACGAAUAUUCGAUAUCAUAUAAAAAUAGAACAAACAUACGUAAUUAGAAAAUUGUAGACGAUAUAUAAAAACAAUGGUUAUUAAUGUAAAAUAUGAAGAAAUAUUAUAUUAUGACUUAGUAUGGCAUAAAAGAUUAUAAAUUAGUUAUACAUGUUUAAAGAAAAUACAGUGAUUUUUAAACUUCUAUGAAAAAUUUAACAUAUAAAAAAGGGCGAUGUUGUCAUCAAAUUAUAAAUAAUUUCAUAAUUUUAUUAAUAAUAAAUUAUUUAUAUUCUCUGUUUUUCGUCAAGAUAAUUAUUAAAUGUCCAUAACAUUAAUAUGUUAAAAGACCAUUUUAUAAAAGCCCAUAUUGUAACCGUUUUUUCGGGAAGUGUAACAAAAAAUUUACAUUUAACUCUUCAUUUUGUUUAAGUUUUGUGUCGGUAAAAGAUUAAAAAAAAUCUCUCUAUCUUUUUCAAUGUUCAAUUUGAAUUUUAUUAUGCGAAAAUCAUACGCAAAUAUAGGCAAUUGGUUGGAAUAUCUAUAUCUUUAUAUUCUUACAAAUUUUAAAUUUAUUGUUUCCUCUUCUGCAAGCAAAUCAAUUACCGAAGUAAAAGAUCAAUUGGUUGUAAUCAAAUUUAUUCUUAUAAUUAGUGUAAUUAUGGUUACAAUUUCUAUAUUUAAUAGGUACAUUAAAGAUACGACAUUGAAGAUAUUUUGUUUUGAUUAAUAGAAGAUAUUGGAUUUUGAGUUUGUAUUUAUUGAUUUCUUUUUUUAUAAACCUUAGAAAAUCAAUAGGAUGAUUGGUUGGUUGAUACAUCCUAUAACGAAAACGAAAACUAUAGGUGGUUUGAAUAUUGUACAUCGAUCGAUGCAUGAUGUAAGUUGACUAUAUAAAACUUGAGCAUGAUCAUUUCAAACUAAAGUAUAGGAAGGUUAUAUGCAUUUGUUAUAUUGUAGUUAAUAUAUUUUAAAUAUUACAUACGUCAAGUGAUUCACGUUUUCGUAAAAAUAAAAUUCAAGUUCAUUAUUGGGCCGUACUCAUCCGUAAUAAGCUACGUUAAAUAUCAUGUAUUAUGUUCAUUUAAUGAUAUUAAGUUUAAAUUUGAUUAAGAAAAACUGAUUAAUUGAACUAGAAAAUAUAAGCAUUAAAAUAAGUAGGAUCAUUUAAUGACAUUAAGUUUAAAUUUGAUUAAGAAAAACUCAUUAAUUUAAUUAGAAAAGACAAGCAUUAAAAUAUGUAGUUUAAUUUAAUUUCUUAGUGGCAUGGAAAUGUAAAUAAGUUAGAAAACUUAGGAAUAUUUUUUAAUGGGUACUUCUCUUUUAAUAAUAUAGAUGUAAGAAGGAAUGAAAGUUGUGUACCUUCACAUAAUCAAAUAAUUUUACAAUAAAAGAACUGAAACAAAAAAAUCAUUUAGUAAACUUUACCAUGAAUAUAUGCAUCAAUAUAAUUAUCAUUACGACAUCCAGAGAGAAGUAACUAUGUCAGAGUAAGGUUCUCUCUAAUGGUAAUUGUCUUUGAGUUUCUAAAAGGCAUAGUUCAUCUAAUCAAACAUACCUUCUUCAUCUUUACUUCAUUAUUCCAUUUCAAAAUUACCAUUAGGAUUAAGUUAUUAAUAUAUACACGUUAAUGGAAUAAGUAAUUAAUACAUCUAUCUAUAUCUAUCUAUCUUUAUAUAUAAAAUACAGUUUGCUCACUCCUGGUGCUGCCACCUCAGCGUCCAGCUAAGAAAGUCGGCUCUUUUGUGUGUGACACGUGUAUCUUUUUUAAAUGAGUUUAUCGUUGUGUUGUUUCGAUUUAAUAUGGGCUUUCUUCUUUACAAUUUUUGGGCUUUCUCUACGUUAUUUAGUUUUGUGAAAGAUGAUGGUAGCCCAGCUCGAUUAAGAGACCAAUCGUCUUCUUCGAUCGAGACAAAUCCUCUCAUACCCCUAUAUCUCAUACCACAAUCUCAAAAGGACCCUUUUUUCUUUUAAUUUUAUAUGUCAAACGAAAAAUCAUAAAAUUAAAAUGGAAACGUUAAUAUUUUUUAUUUGAUUUAUAGAAUUUGAUAAAAAUAUUUAAAAAAUCCAAAAACGUCUUUUUCUAUAUUUUCGAAAAAUCAUCAAAAUAUGAUUAAAAACAAUUUUAAAAUUUUUUUUUUUGAAUUUGAAAAAAUAUAGAAUUUAAAUAUUUGCCCAUGGGUUCACUAAUCCAUAGGGGGGGGGGGGUUAGGGUUUAGUUUUGAUGACCGAGAAAGAUUUAAUUUGGAAGUUUGGAUUAUGAUCAAAAAAAGAAUUAUGAAAUAGGGGUAUAGGAGACUUUAGGAGCUCAUAGGAGAUUUGGCAUUUCAUAUUUGGGGGCACACCAGAAGUUGGCUCCGAACCUCUGGUGCCCCCAACAGCACAAAGCAGAAUCUCCUAUGGGCUCCAUAAUCUCCUAUGCCCCUUUUUCAUUAAGUGGGCGUGAAAUGACGGGAAUGCCCCUGAAAAGUGGAAAAAAAAUUAAAAAAAUUAAAAAAAGAAAAUUCGAAAUUGGGGGGGAUUUCGGUCGGUCUGGGUUUCGGUUUGGGUUUGGUGUGGGUUUCGGUCAGGGUUUUAUUAAUUCAGUUCAAUUGAAACCGAAUCAAUUUCAAUUGGAUAUCUGGAAAAAAAAAUUUUAAAUUAAAAGAAAAUAAAAUCGAGCAGAUCAGUUAGUGGAGGAAACGAGUAGAGCAGAUCAGUUAGAGAAGGUGUCGAGAGUGGGCAGAAGUUCAUUUGGUAUGAACUACGAAGUGUUGCAGGGAGAUGAUGAUGUUUAUGAUGAAAUCGGACCGAAGGCCAUAACUCUGUAUGUAGAAAAUGGUGAAGCAAAUCAACAGAAGGAUCCGAUAGAUGCAGAGAAUGAUUUUAUGGAUACGGACACUGCAGCAGAGACAGACACUGCAGCAGAGACAGACACCGCAGCAGAGACAGACACCGCAGCUGAAACGGACACCGCAGCUGAAACGGACACAGCAGCAGCAGCUGAGACGGACACCGCAGCAGAGACGAACACCGCAGGUGAGACGGGUAUGGCUGCAGAUAAGUAUAUUGAGCAGCCACCUAUAAAAAAAGGUAGUCAGGUUAUAGAGGCUUGGGAAGACGGUUUGGGUCUGUAUAAGCUUCAGGAGUUUCCAAGUAAGAAAGCACUUCAAGAGGUGGUCGAUAGAGCUGCAUUUGGUGAAUGCUUUCGUUAUGUUAUCAAAAAGUCGGACCAGAGACGAUUGGUGUUAAAAUGUUGUGAAGCAACUUGUAAGUGGAGUUUACGAGCUGCAAAGAUUUCAGAGACUGAAAUUUUUUCAGUUAGGAGGUACACAGGUGUGCAUACAUGCUCUCGGUCUAAUCAAAGUAAAAGCAGCAACAUCAAGAGGAAAGGCUCAGCAGAAUUAGUGGCGACUUUUCUGAAUGAGGAAUAUCCUGGAAAACUAAGUACUCCUGUUCCGAAAGAUAUCAUGGAUCUUAUAAAGUUAAAACUUGGUGUAACAAUAUCCUACUCCACAGCCUUGAGAGGGAAAAAUUUAGCUAUUUCUGAGUUGCGUGGUGGUUCUGAAGAGAGCUACAAGAUGCUAUAUAGCUACUUGUAUAUGUUAGAGCAGGUCAAUCCGGGAACAAAAACAGGGGUGAAGUUGGAUGAAGCAAAUAAGUUCAAGUACCUCUUCGUAGCUCUGGGAGCUUGUAUUGAAGGUUUUGCAGCCAUGAGGAAGGUGAUAGUUGUCGAUGCCACAUUUCUGAAGAAUGGAUAUGGUGGUGUACUAGUAUUUGCUAAAGCUCAAGAUCCUAAUCGUCACCAUUAUCCGCUUGCGUUUGGUGUACUCGACGGUGAGAAUAAUGCUAGUUGGACAUGGUUUUUCGAGAUGCUCAAAACUGCUAUACCAGACUCUUCUGAAUUAGUAUUUAUGAGUGAUAGAAACCAGAGCCUAAUCGCAGCUGUAGCUAAUGUGUUUCCACAAUCUCACCAUGGCCAUUGUAUAUGGCAUUUGUCUCAGAAUGUGAGAGGGCAUGCUUGUAACACAACCAAAGCCGUAGUCGCAUGGAGAUUUAUGGAGUUGGCUAGGUGUUACACGGUGGCUGAGUUCGAGUAUGCUUACGCAUCUUUUAAGGUGAGAUUUCCUCCAGCAUACAAGUAUUUGGAGGAGCAUACGGAUAAAUGCACAUGGGCUCGGGUUUAUUUCCCAAGUGUGAGAUACAACUUGGACACUAGCAACAGUGUGGAGUCAAUGAACAGCGUCUUUAAGGACGCCAGGAGGUAUGCUUUAUUACCAUUGUUGGAUACAAUCAUCAAAAAGUUUUCAGACUGGUUCAAUGAACAUCGGAAAGACUCUGCGGCUGGGUCGAUUGAUACCAAACUGGUUCCUCUUGUCGAGAUUCACUUGCAUAACCUAUGGAGCACAGCUGAGAAAACACCAGUGCGUGAGCUUAAUAGUUAUGAGCUUGAGUACGAGGUAACCGACACUGAAAACGGGAAGAAUUAUGUUGUCAACUUGAUAGAGAAAAGCUGUAGCUGCAAGGUGUAUGAUUAUGAAAAGUAUCCUUGUCUGCACGGACUUGCUGCUUACUUAUAUUUCCUUGAGGUUGAAGCUGCUCCUGGUCGUCGACGUGAUGUGAAGAUAGAGUAUCAUGAGUUGUGCUCGAAAUAUUACUGGACGGAACUUUAGGCAUUGGCUUAUUACAAGACCAUUUAUUCUGUGCCGGACAAGUGUGAUUGGAAUGUACCAGAUCACAUCAGAGAGCUUCAGAUCAUACCUCCGGAUCGCCUCAAGAGGAAGGGAAGAAAAAAGAAUAAGAGGAAUCCAUCUGUUGGUGAACGACGUAAAAGGACACAAAACAUAAGGCGACGAAGGCAAAAUUUCGGUUUCAGUUGGCUGUUGUUUGGAAUGUGUAGUAGUAAUCUCAGUGAAUCAAACUAGAUCUUCUGGUUUGGAUUUUAUUGCUCUUGUGUUGCUUUUGAAAAUAUUGGUAAAACUAAGUAUAUCUUUUGUGGCAUAGACUCGAAAGUUUGAAAGUUUGAAGAAUUCUAUGUUUAAGCGAUCUAACCAUGUAUUAUCUAAGUUUAAGUGUUUGUUUUCUCGUUUGUUUUGCAACCUCUGUUUAAGCGUUUUGGCAGUUAUGUAUAAGUGAUAUAUUGGAAAACCGCGGAAAACUAGUAUAACUAGGUGUAACUAUGAUAGAAAUCGGCAUAAACCGAAAAUUUCUAACUACAUAAGUCUUAAUAGAAACACAGUCACCAAAAAUUAUAUAGCAGAUAAUGCUUCUCAAAAUACAUUAGUGAAGAUAACAAAUAUUUGCGAACCUCCAAAUAAGAAAACUCAUUGUUUUAUGAAAAAUAUAUCAUCGUAUAUAGUCUUUCAAAGAGCACUUUGUUAAUAAGAUCAGCUUAUAAAGAAGUAUUCUAUAGUUUUCAUGAUUUAAAAUAUAUUAUUGCACUAAUCAUUUAUGCUUACAUGAUAAUGCAGAAAAAUGACAAGUAGAACUUUCUUUACAAAUUAAAAUUAUACGUAAAACUAAAAAAUGUUGAAAUCACGAAAAGUAGAACUAUGAUGAAAAUUGGUAACACCAGAAACUUCAGUAUAACUAAGAGCAAAUAUAUUGGAGGGAGAAUAAAAAAAAUUUCGCGCCUAAACGAGAAAAGCCAAAAUUUCCAAUUAUUUUGGUCAAAAAGUAGAUUCCCCCUCUGCUCUUUUACCUGUGUCUCGUCUUUUCCUAUCCUUUUCCCAAACACUUUUUCACUUCCCCACCACUCUCUAUUUCAACUCUCUCUCACCAUUCAUACACCUUCUCUUUAUCCAUUUUCUUUCUAUAUUCUCUGAAGAUUCACGGUUUUACUCUUUCCCUUUUACUGAACAUGACUCAUCCGUAUGAAGAGAUGAAGGAGAUGAAGAAGCUGAAGAAACACUACGACAUGUUAGGGUUCGUUGCCGAUGCCCAAUAUGGAAUUCCCACCCGUUGCCCAUGCGGUGGUGAAAUAAUGACGAAUGUUUCUCCAACUCCGAAGUACAAAUCAGAUUUCGAUACCUUGCCUGGGAGUAGGUACUUCACCUGCAAGAAUUAUGAGGUAAUUUUUCUCCAACUAAGGGAAACUGAGAUAAACUGAGUUUAUACUAUGGAUGAAACUGUGUUAUACUCUAAGUGAAACUGUGUUAUAUUCUGGAUAUCUAUGGGUGAAACUGUGUUAUACUCUAAGUGAAACUGUGUUAUGGUGAAACUGACUUCCACUCUGGUUGAAACUGUGCAGGACGAUGGGUUGCACUUUCGUCAGCCAUGGGCUUUUGGUGUUCAGCAAGAAGUGGAGCGCCUAAGGGGAGAGGUGAAAGAGUUGGCUGAAGAGAUUGCUAAGCUUAAGAGGCUCAUUACCUCGACCUCCCGUCCAUGAGUUUCUCAACCUCGCAAGUUCUGAGUUCAUGUGCUAAAAACUUUGUCUUUCCUAACUAUCUAUUUAUCUUAUUUCGGUUAACACAAGUCUUUGUUUGUUAAGAGAGACGACUCUUGUUAAGACUUGUGUAAGUUUAUGUGUUCAAACUUAUGUUAUGCUAAGCACUCUUAUGUUUAUCAAUUGGUACUCUAUGUUUAAACUUUCAUCAUCAACCAUUAUUCUAAAAAACUAAUUUCCUACACAUUUCCAAUGAUGUGUACUCUCUCUUAAACUAAUUUCCUAGACUUUAUCAAUUGGUAAUCUCCUAGACUCUCACUCGACCAACACAAUAAAAGUAAAAGCAUCCACAACAAAGAUUUGAUAACAUAGUUAAAAGUUAUAAAUCCACAUCACAAACAAGAAACACAUCAAAAAACAUCGUUUGUCUACUUCAUAAAAAACAUAAAAACAAAGUUCUAACACACCAAGCAAGUGAGGCAUCUCUGCUUCACUUCUUCCUGCGUUUUUGUUUCUUCGCUUUCUCUUGUGCUGGUGCUUCUUCUUCUACUGCUUUAGCUUGUGCCUCCUUGACAAACUCCUCAAGCGGGGCCAAUCUCCCAUCCAAUUGGUCAACCUUCUUGUCAACUGUCCUCAUCAGUUUCAACGUUCUUUUCACCAACUUCAUAACAUCUCCCAGUUGAAUGGACUGCUCACCUGCUUCUAUUCCAUCCCCUCCUGCAGGUUCACUCGCUUCUGCCUGAUUUUGGCGCGCAGCUACAUCCUCGUCGUGCAUGUCUUGAAAAAAGACCUUAUAGCCUUCCAGACACUUCUCCCAACUGUCCACAGCUAUAUCAGAUUCAUCAACAUCGUCUUCAUCUUCCAAAAUGUCAUCCAAGAGCAUUUCUUCUUGUGGAGUUCUGGUGGGGAUGAUACUGUCGAUAUCCUAUCACAAACAUAAUUAUUUUUGAAUCUUAGCAACUAAGUGAGACCAUUGUUCCGUUACUAGUCCUACCUUAGUUCAACCAUAUAGUUCCAUUAUCUAGUCCUACCUUAGUUCAACCAUAUAGUUCCAUUAUCUAGUCCUACCUUAGUUCACCCUAGUUUUACUUUAAUCCUACCACCAUAUUACUCUAGUUCUACCACAGUAUUACUCUUGUUCUACUUUAGUUUACAGGUUAACUUACGGUUGUGUUAGACAAUUCCUUAUUUAUCGCCGAAAGUGACACCCCUGUCAUUCCAUUUCGUUUGACUGAGGACUUGCACAUCCUCGGGCAGUUGACAUCAGCUUCUUCAACAGGUUCUCUGAACGCCAAUCCUAGCUUAGGAAUUGCCUCGAAUGCAAGAAGCUGUUAUACAUAACAUUUAUAAAAUACCAUCAGUAAAUAACAAUAGCAAUCAAGUCAAUAAUGGAAUUUUGCAUACCUCUAGUGGAACACAGAAACCCGGAAGCGGCCAUAAUGUACCCUCUUUCACCACCCCUCCAAAAUGCUUCAUUGUGUGAGAGAUCUCCUUCAGCAUGUAAUCAUAAGAGAAUCUCCCCCAUGGAAAGGACUUACACAAGUCAAGAUCAUCCACUGCUCUCUGGAACACCUCCAACACAGGAUUAGCCUUGUGUCCAACCUUCGUUUGCGCGCAAACAACAGAAGCUAAGAAGAAUAGAACCGCCAUCUUCAGUCUGUCUUUGUGGGGUCCCAUGUUCACGAGCUUCUCCUUAACAUCCUCCAACCUUCUAAGUUCUCCUUCCUUGAAAUGUCGAUCAACGAACUUCGUCCCACCAAGCUUUUUGUAGCCGAGAGGAUAGUUGUGGCAGAAUAGCCCAGAUAUCAAACCGUGUUCCCUCAGCCCAUAACGGAUGGCAACGCCAUUCACAAUGAACCACACUUCUCUCCGCCUCUCGCUACCGGCAGUACGCAGCAACAACAUCCACAUACCCUGAACCCUGUGGUUGUUCUCGCUUUUCAUGUGGAAAAUGUGUCUGAAUUGAGGAUGCUCCGUGAACCAGUUCCACUCCGCGUUAGAUAGCUUCGGUUUCAGAUUGCGUAGCGUCUUAAUCGCACUAGUUAUCAUGCACCUCGUCCCUAGCUUUAUUUUUUUCCGGUACUCAGAUGGCUUGAAGAACAUAUUGGUUGGUUUGAUUGCCUCGGGUGCCUCAUUUUCAUCCAAAUCCUGCAAGUUAUAUCCAAGUUAUAUCCAACUUAUACAAACGUUAUACUAAAGUUAUACUCAAGUUAUACCCAAGUUAUACUCAAGUUAUACUCAAGUUAUACUCAAGUUAUACUAACGCAAACUUAAGUAAUACCAAAACUGACAGUUUUUCCAAUAGUUCUCCUAGUAUUACUAACAUAACGUUAACCCAUUCGAUUUACUACCUCUCCCGAAUCAUUUCUUAUUCAAACUCAUUGUUAAUUUGUUACCUGAGGUUCAGGUGGAUUCCCAUUCUCGUUUGCUUCCUCUUCUCCUUCUCCAUUUGCUUGUUCUUCUUCAGAAUCUUCAUGGUCCUGGUUAGAACUCUCGUUCUCUCCAUCUGGGUUUUCUUGUUCUUCUUCAGAACUCUCAUUCACUUCAUCUCCAGAAGCGGUUUUCUCAUUCACUUCAUCUCCAGAAGCGGUUUCCUCAUUCUCUUCAUCUCCAGAAGCGGUUUCCUCAUUCUCUUCAUCUCCAGAAGCGGUUUCCUCAUUCUCUUCAUCUCCAGGACCUUUGUUCAGUGUCGUCGGAGCAGCUUCUGCAACCACAUUAAACGGCUCAGUCAUCUCCGCCGUAUUCUCAGACGAGUCCUUUCUCGUCUUCUCCGUCGAGCCAUCCGUCGUCUGAUUCAUCUCCAUCGAGACAUCCGUCGUCUUUGCCGUCGAUUCAUCCGUCGUCUUUGCCGUCGAUUCAACAAUCUCCACCGCCCUCGUUUCACCCUCCUCCGUCGUCUUCUCCACAUUUUCUCCGGAGCCCGUCUUUGCAAACUUCACUCUCGGACCCUCUUCCUCUGUUGGAUUCUCCUUCCUCUUACCCCGUCGCGUUUCGACCACCAUCGCAAUCGGAAGAUAUCACCGGAUUCUAUCUCCGAUUCUCACCGAAUCAAGCUCGAUUUUGGAAACUAGGGUUCUUUUUCGUGAGGAAAGAAUGAGGAACUCGAAAUGAAAAAAAAAAUUCGAAAUUGGGGUGGGGGAUUUCGGUCAAAUACAUUGAGAGGGUUUGCUAAAACCGACAGCUUUGGUUUGGGAGAGUUUUCAGGGAUUGGUUUGUUUGGUUACACGGUUAGACGAUUCGGUUCAAUUGAUUUACCCAUUCAAACGGGUCGGGUCGGGCGGAUGGGUUAUACCCUGGUAUAACUUGUAAAUACUUCAACUAUUCCCAGGGUUUUAUGUCAUUUCGUUAUUUUCCGAAUUAAAAACAAAUUAUUUAUUUUUCUGUUUAUUAGGGUGUCUAAUAGAGAUUGGAUUAUCACAUUUGGGGGCACCAGAGGUGAUGACUCUCUUCGAUCUACCUAAACCGACAAUGGAGUUGAAUGGAGAGGGAUCUUUUGGUCGAGCUUCUUUCGCGUUGUUUUGUGUGAGAUUCUUCUCCUCCGUUACGGAUCCCUUCUGCGUUCAAUCAUUGUCAUUAAGGUCUCAAUUAACUCCAUUUCCCCCACUCCUUCCACGGUAUCACAUUCAUUGCAUAUUUGCAUCUCCCAUUUUCUUUCAGUCGGUGAUUCUGGAGCUAUAAAUAGCUUAGUUUGUCUUUGUGAAAUUCAUCACUUUGUGCCUCACAAUCUUAUUGACACCAAAACCUUUCGCAGAGUAUAGUGGCGAACUUCUCUCUUCUUGCUGACUUCAAAGACGAUGACUGCAGCACCACCGCCGAACUGCGGCUUCUGGAGUUUUAGAGGGCAGGAAUGUGAUCAAUCCUCUGUUCCGACGAUCCACUUCACCAAUCCUCCGUUAUCUUUCCGACCACAAAAGAAGAAGUUCCUCGAAAGCUCCUCGACCCAAGCGAGAUUAGCUUAUAUCCUUGCCUAAACCUGAAAACGAGUUCCAUUAUUUUAGAAUCUCUAAUCAGUGUUGUAGAUAUCCUCAAGUAUAUGAUUCUUUGUAUAAAAGGAUAUAUGUGUGCGUGAAGGAAGUGCUUUGUUUUGUUCAUUGUGAGCGAAAUGUAUCCUAUAACAUUGCUUUUAUUCAUUGAUUUUUCUCAGAUUUGCACAUAAAUAUAUCAGAGUUUGAAUGAGCUAACAUAUUGAUUCACGUUACAAUCCGUUAAGUGACAGAGUAAAUAUAACAAUGGAAGAUUCAGAAGGAAGCAAUGCCAUUUCUUGAUCAAUUUCAUAAAGUCUACAACAGCAAAAUCACAACUUAACUAUCAAUAUAUUACUUCAUUGUCUAGGGGAUUUAUAGAGAGAGCACUAACCUGUCAAUUGUUAUAGGCAUUAGUUGCAUCCGACACUAAAACCAGCCAAUUAGGAAUUUAUUGACUAUCCACAUGAACCGUUAGACAAAAUCAAAUUCAGUACUAUCAAAAGUAGUUUAUUCAUAAGCCCUGUUUCAAGGAAAAAAAACAGUUUAUACAUAUAAAUUAAGAGUCAAGUUAUGAGUCAAGUUAUGAACAAUACUGGUUCCUGAACUGGCUGGAAAAAAAAGUAAGAAAAAGGAUUAAAAGCACCUCGAUCAGAGAAAACGAACGAAGAAAAAAAAAGGAUAAUUGAACAGAGGCAUCUCCUCUCAAGCCCCCAAAUGUAAAAAGGCAAUCUCAGAAAGACACCCCUAUUAACAGAAAGAUAAAUAUUUAUUUUUAAAAUCGAAAAAUGCGGAAAUGACAAAAAACCCUGGAAUAAAUGAAGGAUUUACAAGUUGUACCAGUGUAUAACCCAUCCGCGAGGACCCGACCCGAAUGUAUAGUCAAUUCAAUUGAACCAAAUCGUUGAACCGUUUAACCAAUCCCUGGAAACCAAACCAAUCCCUCAAAACCAAACCCAUCCUUCGAAACCAAACCAAAUCUGUCGGUUUUAUCAAACCCUUUACAAUUUCCCUAAAUCCUCCAAUUGAUUAAUUCAUUCGACUCCCAUUUCUCCCCCCUCUUUUCACUCCACUUUAAACGAGAAGAAACUCUAGUUUUGAAAAUCAAUCGGUGAGUUCAGAGGAGCCAACAACGAUUACGAUAUGGUGGUCGAAACGAGAGGAGGGGGUAAGAGGAAGGAUAAUCCAACGAAGGAAGAGGUUCGGAAAGUGAAGUUUGUAAAGACGACCUCCGAUAAUAUUGAGAAGACGACGACGGAGAAUGUUGAAUCGACGGGAACGGCAAAGACGACGGAGAUUGUUGACUAGAGGGAGAAGACGACGGAUGUCUCGACGGAGGUGACGACGGAUGUCUCGACGGAGAAGACGACGGAUGUCUCGACGGAGAAGACGACGGAUGUCUCGACGGAGAAGACGACGGAUGUCUCGACGGAGAAGACGACGGAUGUCUCGGCGGAGAAGACGAGUGAGGACGCGAGGGAGAGUACGGCAGAGAUAACGGAGGCGAGUGAUGUGGCUUUAGAAACUGCUCCGGCGACAAUGAACAAAGGUCCUGCUGGCCCAUCUCCUCCAGCUCCUCCAGCAACUCCGGCGAUAGGGACUGAACCUGAAGAAGAAGAGAAUGAGGAAACACCUUCUUCUGGAGAUGAAGAGAAUCAGAAAGCCGGUUCUGGAGAGGAAGAGAAUGAUCAUGACGACCGUUCCGAUGAUUCUAGCCAGGAGAAUGAAGAUGGUGAAGAAGAACAAGAAGAAGCAGAUGAGAAGGAAGAUACUGAAGGUUCUGGAGAAGGAAAUGGUGACAGAGAAGGAAAUGGAGACGGAGAUACUGAAGGUUAUGGAGAAGGAAAUGGUGACAGAGAAGGAAAUGGAGACGGAGAAGGAAAGGAUAAUGAGAAUGAAGGUUCUGAAGAAGAAAAUGACCGAGAAGAGUUACCAAAUGUAGACGACAAUGAGAAUCCACCUGAACCCGGAAAUCCAACUGAACCAGAGGUAACAAAUGUAACAAAUUUUCAAUUGAGUGUGUUAAUGCUAGUAAUACUAGGGGAAGUAUAGGAAUAACAUGUUAGUUUUGGUAGAGGUAAACUGAAAUUGUGUAAACGGAUAUAACUUGGAUAUAAUUUGGAUAUAACUUGGAUAUAACUUGGAUAUAGCUAACUUGGAUAUAACUUUAGUAUGACUUGGAUAUAACUUAGGUAUAACGUGGUGAAUACUUUGGUAUAACAUGGUGAAUACUUUGGUAUAACUUGUAGGGUUUGAAUGAAAAUGUGGCAAUCGAGGCAAUCAAACCAACCAGCAUGUUCUUCAAGCCAACCGAGUACA